AGCCAUACAUACACUAUACAGAUAGAGGAAUAGAAAAUGGCACUCUCAUUCUCACUCUCUUCAGGCGUAACCGUUUCUAACCGUUUUCCCUCUUCUUGUAUUUGGAAACCGAAUGGCAAGAGUUACAAUGGGCCCAAUAAAGUGUUAUGUUCGGCACGUAAGGAUAAGAAUCCGUUAGUUGGAUUUGGUGUAGGGAUUGUAGCGGCUUGUGUUAUGGGGUUAACGGCGUUGGAUGCGGAUGCAACGAGAAUUGAAUACUAUGCUACUGUAGCAGAGCCAAUGUGUGAGCUCAAUUACGCUAAAUCUGGGCUUGGUUACUGCGAUGUUGUUGAGGGUUUCGGUGAUGAAGCUCCUCUCGGAGAGCUUAUCAAUGUUCAUUAUACUGCGAGGUUCGGCGAUGGAAUCGUAUUUGAUAGCAGUUAUAAACGUGGUAGACCUCUCACCAUGCGUAUUGGGGUUGGCAAGGUAAUCAGGGGAUUGGAUCAGGGAAUUUUGGGAGGUGAAGGAGUACCUCCAAUGCGGAUAGGUGGGAAACGCAAGCUAAUGAUUCCUCCAUUGUUAGCAUAUGGACCAGAACCUGCAGGGUGUUUCUCAGGUGACUGCAAUAUACCUGGUAAUGCCACUCUUCUGUAUGAUAUUAAAUUUGUUGGUCGUUAUUCGGGCAACGAAAAGGGAUGGAAGUAAAAAUCGAUAAGAUACAUGUACACAUAUGAACCACAGAUGGAUUGGGCAGAACCUCCUUCUUGCUUCCAGCUCUCUAGAGUUACUGCUCCUGGUUAGUGCGGUUGGACAAGAUUGACCUGAUUACCCAUUUUAAGAGUAACGAGGAAUCAUUCCUGGUGUGGUGAUAUAUAGAUUAGACAAGUUUUAUGUAUAUGCACAUAACAUGAUGCAACUUUUGUAUCUUUAUUGUAAAUGUAAUAUCUUUAAUAAUGAUCUCUGAAUGAUAAACUAGUAAACUCUUUAUAUGAUAAUUGAGAUUCCUAUUACAUGUA